AUGACCCCUGGGGUCUCUCCCAACCCCAAGAGCUCCCCCAGCCCUGCCCCAACCCAGGCGCUUCAACUGCGGCCAGGCUUCAAACCCCGCCCCUCCCGGCUGCGGCGUUCACUUGGGCAGGAGACAGCCGCCCUCCCUAUCCUUAAUCCUAGAACCUGUGGCUGGAUCAGGCUUUCUCCUGACAACGCCUUGGGAACCAGGGAACCGCUGAAGAACCCGCCGGCUGAGCCCACCAAGGAAGGCGCCAUCCGAGCUUCAAGACAAAUGGCCAACACCAGCUUUGAUGGUCCCGGGAGGCGUCCCCUGUCCCUCUUAGUUAGCAGAGAAGGGGCUGCCACCUUGGCCCCCCAGAUGCAGCUGAGGCAGCCUCUUUGGCAUUAUCCGAGCCGCUGGGAUCUCCUCGUUCCACAGAGGACCAAGCCUACCCAGCGAGUGGCUGAUUUCUCCAUCCGUUCCAUUCUGGCCCAGGAUGGCUCUGGAGGGGAAAGGGAGACACACCAGGAGUCGGCAGAAGGAGCAAGCGCCAUGGGAUGGGGUAGCAUCUCUCAAGGCUACACCUGGAUGCAUUGCGGCCGCUUCAAGCCCCCUCCCGUUCCAAAGAUGAAGCAGACGGGCUGCAGCCCCCGGCCCACCUCCCGAAGCCCCCGGGUGCCAUUCUCUGCCUCUCAGCUGGGGACCCUGGAGAGCAGCUUCCAACAAGCGCAUUAUCUGAGCACCGAGCAGGUCAGGGAGGUGGCUCUGCUGCUGGGCCUCACGGAGAACCGGGUGAAAAUUUGGUUCCAGAACCGGAGAGCCCGAGAAAGACGAGACUUUCUGAAGCAGCACAGCACUGCCGCUGCCACCCCCAGUGCCAAGGAGACUCCUCUACAAGGCCAAUCCCCCUUGGGUUGGCACUAA